GCAUCUUGAACAACGAGAACGACCCAUCUCUUGCCAAUGGACGGCCAUCAGAGGGUGCUGGAGAUGCGGCAGUGGCUGUGGGAGUGAAUGAGACUCUACCGGAGGGACACCAGACAAUCAUGCUCAUAGCCGAGGAAGAGUGUUUAGAUGGAAGCGAAUACAGUCAGACUGCGUAUGGUAGCAAUCAGGUGCCACAGGGAGAGGAGCUAAUAAGCCCAGAGGUGUUCAACAGAGUUGUCUCGCAGAAGGUUAAACUGGAGCGAAAACUGGAAGCCAUGCAGGUUAAGUACAAUCAGCUAGAGGGUGAAAAGUUGCGAGUUGAGACACAGCUUAAUCAGGAAGUGGACGAUCUGAAGAUGAAGGUAGUUAGUUACCUGUUUAGCAUUUAGUUGCCAUAUUCAUAUAUGCAGCAAUUGCAUGUAACAAGUACGUAAACGUUGCACAAAGGGUUCUUUUAACAAUGGAAUGCUAGGGCAUUAUGUGAUUUGCUGGCUUUUUAAUGUUGGAUGCUGUCGUGUCGUGUGAUGGGUGGG